AUGGAUCAAGUAAUGCAGCUGGUGGCGGACCGUGUACCCGUGUUCGCCUCAGUCGCCCUGAUACUCGGUACCGCGUUCCUCUUCUCGAUACUUAGGUCGUCCAAGGGUGGCGUCGAUAAGAUUCCCCUAGUGGGCAACGAGCUUGGAAACGUCGAGCAGCGCAGAAAGGCCUACCUCUCCAACGCCAAAGAUCUGUAUCAACAAGGCUACCAGCGCUUCAAGAACUCGACAUUUAGACUGACGGACACGGAUGGAGAGAAGAUUGUCCUCCCUCGCUCACUUCUCGAUGAAGCUAGACGUUUGCCCGAAGACUACUUGAAUAUCUCAAAGGCAUUCGAGAAGUCAAACGAGCAAAAGUACACUGGACUCGGAGGAAACCAGAUUCACACUGAUUUUCUCAUCCACCUCAUCCGCAGUGACCUUACACACAACCUGAACCGCAUCAAUGGUCGUCUGACCGAGGAGACGGCUCGGGCUGUCGCCGAAGAACUCGGACCUUGUGAAGACUGGACUGCCGAGAAUGUCUACUCCAAACUCUUGAGGAUUGUGGCCAUUGUGAGCGGCAAUAUCUUCCUGGGCCCCGAGCUCUGCCGCCGAGAGGAGUGGGUCAACAGCGCCAUCACCUACACUGUAGACAUGUUUACGGCUAUUGGCAAACUCAAGCAGUGGUCCCCAUGGACGCGGUUCAUUGGCCAGUACUACGUCCCCGAACUCAAGAGCGUCUCGGAGCACCGCCGCAAGUGCCAUGAGUUCUUGGCACCCGUCAUUGCCGAGAGGAGGCAGCAGAUGAAGCAGGGCGUCGCAAUGCCGGAUGAUAUGCUGCAGUGGAUGAUGAACAAGACUGGCGACUUUAAGCUUGGCGAUGAUGACCUAAGCAUAAUCGUACUCAAUCUCAGCUUGGCUGCGAUCCACACGACAACCAUUACAACGAUCAGCGUACUUUACGAUUUGGUCAUUCGCCCAGAUCUCGUGCAAGAAUUGCGAAAGGAGAUCAGCGCCGUCAUGGAGCAGAGCGGCGGCGUCCUCUCUACCCAUUCCUUGUAUGAUAUGAAACUGCUGGAUAGUGUCAUGAAGGAAUCGCAACGAACCAAUCCUGGCAGCCUGGUCCGCUUCGUUCGCUACGUUGACAACGCCGUCACGCUGAGCGAUGGUACGCACUUACCCGCUGGGGCCAUGGUUGAAGCCAACCACGCAAACAUUUUGAACGAUCCUCAGUUGUACUCUUACCCCGAGUCUUUUGACGCACACCGUUUUAUGAAUCUCCGCAAGGGCACUGUAGAGGACCCAAUGGCAUACAAGAACAAGGAACAGUAUCAGUUCGUGACCGUGACCAAGGACUUUAUGGCGUUUGGAUAUGGUCGUCAUGCUUGUCCUGGUCGCUUCUUCGCCGCCAAUGAAAUCAAGCUGAUGCUGUCCCGCAUCCUUCUCGACUACGAUAUCAAGAUGCCAGAAGGUUUUACCGAGCGUUAUCCCAAUCUGUCCAUGGGAUUAGAUGCACUUCCGGAUCCGACGAAAGACCUGAUGCUGAAGAGGGUCAAGGCACAUGUGUAG